AAGUUUCCCACUACGAGUCCGCAAGCCCUUCCUUCUCCAGAAUUAUCCAAACAAUUUGAUCACCCAAAAGCUUGUCCCUUGCUCUGUCAACAGCAAAACUCCGCCGAUAUCUUCAAAAUCCCGAUGGCCACAAUCAGUCUCCGGAAGGGCAACACUCGUCUUCCACCGGAGGUGAAUCGCGUCCUCUACGUCCGAAACCUUCCCUUCAAUAUCUCGAGCGAGGAGAUGUACGAUAUUUUCGGAAAGUACGGGGCGAUUCGCCAAAUACGGAUCGGCACAAACAAGGACACGCGAGGAACGGCCUUUGUAGUUUACGAGGAUAUCUACGACGCCAAAACGGCGGUGGAUCACUUGUCGGGUUUCAACGUGGCGAAUAGGUAUUUGAUUGUUUUGUACUAUCAGCAGGCCAAGAUGAGCAAGAAGUUUGAUCAGAAGAAGAAGGAGGAGGAGAUUGCUAAGAUGCAGGAGAAAUAUGGGGUUUCUACAAAAGAUAAGUAAAACCUUUUCCAUUUCGAACAAAAACAAACAAAAAGAACUGCUGUAUUUGGGAAUUUUAGGGUUUUCCUUGUUUCUUGGUUUAUGCAUCACAUAUUUUGUUAUCGAUGUUUUGCUUUAAUAUGGAUGUUAUGGUAGCAUUGUAGCUUUUGGGUCUGUGGACUUCUGUUUCUUGUGAACUUGUACACUGUGAAGGAUGAAUUAUUGGUAAGAAAAGAAUUCAUU